AUGACAGGCUUUGGCUGGACCCUUGCAGCAUGUGCCGGCGCGGCCAACGUGAUUGCCUUCAAGACCUGGGGUCUCUACGCAUCCCAUGUGACAGGAAGCACCUCCAACAUCGCUUUCAGCCUGGAAGGCUACCACAAGGGCGAGUUUACAAGCCAGAGCCUGCAAGAAGCCAGCUCAUUGGUCUUUUCGUUUCUGGUGGGAGCCUAUGCAUGUGGCCUCCUGAUCGACAAGAACCAGGUGCACUUCAAUGGCAAGGCGUUCUAUGGUUUGGCUCUCGUAUUGGAAUCUGCUUUGCUGAUCUUGGCAGCCUUUUUGCCCGGCCGCCUGGUUCCAGUAUGUCUCGUGGCCACCGCGUGCGGUCUGCAGAACGCCAUGUGCACGUCGCACUUCAGCGCCAUCGUCCGCACCACGCACGUCACUGGAACCAUGACAGACAUUGGCUCCACGAUGGGUCGCAUCAGCAUGAUCUACCUGAGGAAGGCUUGCCGAUGUGCUCCACUGAAUGCCAUUGAACGUGCCGAAAUCGGCGUGGACGCUCGCAAGUUGGCAGUGCUUGCGGGGCUUUGGACUUUCUACUUGAUCGGAGGUCUCAUUGGCAUCUACGUGGAGAACAUGAUUCCUGGUCCCAGGGCGUUGUUGCUGCCUGCUUUCGUGACUGGCAGUGCAGGCCUGUUCUACAUGGACGCCAUCGCCAAAAUGAACGGCCGCCUCAACGACAUCGAAGCUGGAGGUGAUCGUCAGCUGGUCGGCGAUUUGGAAAUGGAGAUGGGUCACAUGAUAGAGGCCCUGCGUGAAGUCGAG